UGAGGGGUGAGGGAGGAAGGGCGCUUCUGCUAGGCUGCUUGAGUGUUAUCAGUGCCAAUUUAGAAUGCUGUGCUGUACUUGGUGAGGCUGGAGAGCACUGUCACGCUGUGCAAAGGUUACACAGAAAAUCAUUCGAAAUGAAAGGACUAACCUGUGUCGGAUCUUUACUCCUCAAGAGAAGUACCUUGCACAUCUUGCAACGAAACAUGUCGCUUGUUCGUGAUAAAGCCUUUGUUAAUGGGGAAUGGGUGACAUCAAUGAAGGGGAAGAAAUUUGAUGUGGUCAACCCUUCCGAUGGAAGUGUAAUAGGACAGGUGCCUGAUAUGGAUGUGGAGGACACAAAUGCAGCUAUUCAGUCUGCACAUGAUGCCUUCAAACCAUGGGCCAGCACAACUGCUAAGGAGAGAUCAAAUCUUCUACGCAGAUGGUUUAAUUUGCUUGAGGACAACAAAGAAGAGUUAGCCCGCAUAGUCAGCAUUGAGGCAGGCAAGCCAUUUAAAGAAUCACUUGGAGAAGUGUUCUAUGGAAACUCAUUCAUUGAAUGGUUUUCAGAAGAAGCAAGAAGAAUAACGGGAGAAAUUGCAGCAAGUCCAGCAAAAUCGAAAGAAAUGCUGUUUAUACGCCAACCAAUUGGAGUAGCUGCUCUUAUUACACCGUGGAACUUCCCACAUGCAAUGAUAACAAGAAAAGCAGGAGCUGCUCUUGCUGCUGGAUGCACAUGUGUGAUCAAACCUGCUGAAGACACUCCUCUCACAGCUUUGGCAUUGGCUCAACUAGCUCAUGAUGCUGGAAUACCUAAAGGUGUUCUCAAUGUUAUCACCUCGAGUCGAGAAAAUGCUGCUCCUAUGGGAAAGCUCCUUUGUGAAAGUCCACUUGUGCGAGGCCUCUCUUUCACUGGUUCAACCGGAGUUGGAAAAUUAUUGUAUCAGCAAUGUGCAACAGGUAUAAAACGCGUAUCUCUUGAACUUGGAGGGAAUGCUCCUUUCAUUGUAUUUAAAUCCGCUGAUUUGGAUAAAGCAGUGGCAGGUGCAAUGGCUUCCAAGUUUAGAAAUUGUGGGCAGACUUGUGUCAGUGCCAAUAGAUUCCUCAUAGAUGAAUCUAUUUUUGAUGAUUUUGUUGAAAAAUUGAAGAAAACCAUGAUGAAAGAGCUUAAGCAGGGCAAAGAUGAGAACUGCAACACUGGACCUCUGAUUAAUAUUUCUCAGCUUCAUCGAGUGGACAAUAUAGUUCAAGAUGCUGUGAAGAAAGGAGCCAAAGUGCUUCUUGGAGGAGGCCCGGCAAAAGACUUGGGGGAAAGAUGGUAUCAACCCACUUUAAUCACAGAUGUCAAACCUGAUAUGAUCUGUUACAAUGAAGAAAUAUUUGGUCCAGUUGUAGCCUGCAUCAAAUUUAAAUCAGAAGAAGAAGCUUUGAAGAUUGCAAAUGAUACACCAGUUGGUCUAGCUGGCUACUUUUACAGUGGGGAUAUUGCUCAGUGCUGGCGUGUUGGUAAAGCACUUGAAGUUGGUAUGGUUGGAAUCAAUGAAGGCAUGAUCUCAUGCACAGAGGCAGCAUUUGGUGGUGUUAAAGAGUCAGGAAUUGGGCGAGAGGGCUCACAUCAUGGAAUUGAGGAGUAUACAGAUGUGAAAUAUCUCUGCUUUGGAAAUCUCUAAGCGCUCUCUUUUUUACUUCAUAAUGGCUCACUGUUUGUGACAAGCUAUGUUGUCUGCAUAACUGUUUAUGAUUCACUAUGAAUCAGUAAUUGUCUUGUCUUCAUUGUACUAGUUCACAUUUUCAAAGGAAAGAUGUUCUAUAGCUUUUAGUUUCUAUGAUACAAAUACUAGAUUAUACCUCAAUAUGCUUUCAUAUCAAGCAGCAACAUAGUGUAACAUUCCAAUUCCACUCUAAGUCUGAAAAUCAUGUGCAAGUUAGAACUGCUUGCAUUUGAUGCUGAAUCGUAUUUUCAUAGACAGUAUCUACAUGUUUCAUGUUUGUUGUGAUUUUAUUUUCUAUUGUAAAUGGUUUUUAACUAUAAUAAGAUGCCACUCAGUCUUCCUGUAACUGUGAAUUACUUUAUUUUAGUACAUAGUUCAAAGUUUUGAAUGACAGACUGUAGAUGUCAUGUGUCAUAACAUCUUUUUUCUUUUAAUUUUAGUAAAUCAAAGACAAUAUUCAGGGCCUGAGCUGACAGCUUAGGUUUAUUGCUCCGUAUGAAUUUUCAAGUACAAAAUGAUAUCGCCAUGUCUUCCAAGUGUUGUUUAUGUGUGUCUUCCAGAUUAGUGCCAUAUUUAAUAUAUGUAUGUAACGUGAAGUAUUCAAUAAAUUUGUUAUAGCUCAA